UUAAGGAGGGGGGUGCAGGAUGCUGAUGCUGAACUGGCCGAGCUGGGAGGAAAGAAGAAAGGGAGGGGAGGGGAGAAUCGAGGACGGCCGGCCUAGCCAGGCCAAGAAUGCAAUUGCCCCGGUGGUGGGAGCUGGGAGACCCUUGUGCUUGGACGGGACAGGGUCGGGGGACACGCAGGAUGAGCCCCGCGACCACUGGCGCCUUCUUGCUGACAGCUUUUUUAUUAAGCUGUGCUGAUGGCAUAAAUGGAACAGUUAAAUGGAAGACCAAACAGGCCAACAGUUUUAUUAUCAGCAGAAAAAUGACUGCUGGGAAGAAAGAUGUGUACACUGUUUUCUCCAAGGUACACUCUGAUCGGAAUGUCUACCCCUCCGCAGGCGUCCUCUUUGUUCAUGUUUUGGAAAGAGAGUAUUUUAAGGGGGAAUUUCCACCUUACCCCAAACCUGGUGAGAUUAGUAAUGAUCCCAUAACAUUUAACACAAAUUUAAUGGGUUACCCAGACCGUCCUGGAUGGCUUCGAUAUAUCCAAAGGACACCAUAUAGUGAUGGAGUCCUUUAUGGGUCUCCAACAGCCGAAAAUGUGGGGAAACCAACAGUCAUUGAGAUAACGGCCUAUAAUAGGCGUACCUUUGAGACCGCAAGGCACAAUUUGAUAAUUAAUAUAAUGUCAGCAGAAGACUUCCCGUUACCCUAUCAAGCAGAAUUCUUCAUUAAAAAUAUGAACGUAGAAGAAAUGCUGGCCAGCGAGGUUCUUGGAGACUUCCUGGGGGCCGUGAAAAACGUGUGGCAACCUGAGCGCCUGAACGCCAUAAACAUCACGUCGGCCCUCGACCGGGGCGGCCGGGUCCCCCUGCCCAUCAACGACAUGAAGGAGGGCGUUUAUGUCAUGGUUGGUGCCGACGUCCCAUUUUCUUCUUGUUUACGAGAAGUUGAAAAUCCACAGAAUCAAUUGAGAUGCAGUCAAGAAAUGGAGCCUGUAAUAACGUGUGACAAAAAAUUCCGUACUCAAUUUUACAUUGACUGGUGCAAAAUUUCACUGGUUGAUAAAACAAAGCAAGUGUCCACCUAUCAGGAAGUGAUUCGUGGAGAAGGGAUUUUGCCUGAUGGUGGAGAGUACAAACCCCCUUCCGAUUCUUUGAAAAGCAGAGACUAUUACACGGAUUUCCUAAUUACACUGGCUGUGCCCUCGGCAGUAGCAUUGGUCCUUUUUCUAAUACUUGCUUAUAUCAUGUGCUGCCGACGGGAAGGAGUGGAAAAGAGAAACAUGCAAACACCAGACAUCCAACUGGUCCAUCAUAGUGCUAUUCAGAAAUCUACCAAAGAACUUCGUGACAUGUCCAAGAAUAGAGAGAUAGCAUGGCCCCUGUCCACACUUCCUGUAUUUCACCCUGUGACUGGAGAAAUCCUACCCCCUCUACACACAGACAGUUAUGAGAGCACCAAUAUGCCGUUGAUGCAAACACAGCAGAACUUGCCACAUCAGACUCAAAUUCCCCAACAGCAGACUACAGGUAAAUGGUAUUCCUGAAGAAAGAAAACUAACCGAAGCAAUGAAUUUGUAAUCAGACGAUAUAGCACUUUUGCGUGUGUGAGUGCCCAGUCACUCAGUUGUGUCCAACUCUUUGGGACCCCAUGGAAUGUAGCCCACCAGGUUCCUCUGUCCAUGGGGUUUUCCAGGCAAGAUUACUGGAGUGGGUUACUAUACCCUCCUCUAGGAAAUCUUCCUGACCCAGGAAUUGAACCCGUAUCUCCUGCAUUGCAAGCGGAUUCUUUACCACUUAGGCCACCUGGGAAGUCUUAAUAUAGCACUUUUAUUUUUUUUCUCUCUUCCAAUAAUGCAUGAGCUUUUCUGACAUAUGGUAUGCAUGUUGACAGUAUUAAGUAUAUACCAAAUAAUAUACAGUAUAACAUUCAUUUUACUAAUUUUUUUUGUACUUAAGGCAUUUUUGACAAUUUGUAAAACAUUGAUGACUUUAUAUUUGUUACAAUAAAAAGUGAUCUUUAAAAUAAAUAUUAUUAAUGAA